AUGUCUGCCAACUUCAACGAGACAAACAUACGCUGCUCUAGCGAAGCUGCGAAAAACUUCAUCGACUGGUACUACCGCCAACUCAACGACGCCAAGCCCGUUUCGCACGGCUACAUCAACGGCCACGCCGCCUACACCAACGCCGGCCACGCGCCGGCCGACAUCUGCAUCAACGGCCUCGUGGUCGCGACCCCACAAGAAUGGGACAAACUCCUCGACCAACAGCGCGAAGCGCCCAAACAGCCCGACCCCAACAAGCGACGCGUGCGCUACGACGUCGAGAGCUUCGACGUGCACGUUAUCAACGCCGACUACCGCUUCGGCGCGUCAGCCAAAAUGCUCGAGCUGAACGCCCCCACCGACGGCGUGCGCAUGAUGAUGGUGUUGACGGUGGCCGGGUCAGUGUUGUUUGGGACGGGAAGGAGCAAGGCGGAGGAUUAUUGGGAGAAGCAGAGUUUUCAUGAUCGGUUCAUUCUUGUGCCGAACUGGGACGUGCUGGAGAAGCCGGGGGCGCGGUACGGGAGGAAAUAUCUCAUUUCUUCGCAUAACUACCGGGCGAAUUAG